UCCCUUUUUAACGCACAGAUGACAGACCUACACACACAGGAGGCCGACCCGUCAGCGCAUUGACGCGUUCGCUAUCAACGUUCUUCCAAAUUCAAAUUCCAAACCGACCGUUUGAGAUUCAAAAAAUCAAAAUCAGAGAACGGAGAUAAGGGCGAGAAUGGCCGCUUCAGUGAAAUCCAGUCCCAAUACCCCCCAGUUCGGCAACAAUGGUCGAACCCAAACGACCGAGAGUCAGAAAAUGUCUCUCUACGAGCAGUCCAGAGAGCAAAGAAUCAGAGAAAACCGAGAGAGAUUGGAAAAGUUAGGUAUUGCAGAUCUCUCCCACAAGCUCAAGUUCCAGACAUCUCAACGGCGCAGCCGAUUGGACCCAUCGCACUGCAAAACCCCUCAGCGACCAUCUGCUCCGAAGUCAUCCGGACCCCUUCGCCGCUCUUCUAGAUUGCAGAAUGUGGCACCUGUUAGUUACUCUGAAGUGCACCCAAAGAAAGAUGAGUCUCUGGAAAAUGGAAAGUAUGUGACAGAAGCAGGUUCAAUGCCAGAGAUUUACAACGAAGAACACGAGAAGCUGCUGGGUAACACAGAGAAGCCCUGGACGUUGUUCAUGGAUGGGUAUGGGAAGGAUGGGAAACGGAUAUAUGACUCCAUCAAUGGGAAAACUUGCCAUCAGUGCAGGCAAAAAACCCUGGGCUAUCGUACUCAGUGUAGCCAAUGCAGCAUGGUACAGGGGCAAUUCUGUGGAGAUUGCUUGUAUAUGAGAUAUGGGGAGCAUGUACUUGAAGCCUUGCAGAAUCCAAAUUGGAUAUGUCCUGUUUGUCGUGGAAUUUGCAACUGCAGUUUAUGCCGUCAAGCAAAAGGAUGGGCCCCCACUGGCUAUCUUUAUAGAAAGGUAUCAGCAUUGGGCUACAAAUCAGUCGCUCACUAUCUCAUUCAAACUCGUCGCUCUGGUGCGAAUGUGGAGGAAAAUGCAGAUGUUUCCGUCCCAGUUUUAGCAGAGAAGUCAUUGGGCUUCUCAGACGUAGGAGGGUUGUCUAAUGAUUCUGUCGAAGUCAAUGAAAAUAAUUCUGUUGCGUCAUUGAAACUUAAAUCCGAAGAUGAUGGAGGUCAAGUUUCUGCAAAGAGAUCAUUGCUUUUUUCAGAUGUGAAAGAUCAGCAUGACCAGGAUGAAUGCUUGGAUGCUAUGAAACCUCAACCGGAGAGUGAUGGAGGACAAGUUUCAGCAAAGAGAUCGUUGCCUUUUUCUGACAUGCUAGGUCAGGAUGAAAAGGUUGCAUGCUUGGAUUCGAAGAUCCCAAGCACGUCUUCUACGGAAGUUAAAGACUGUGUUGCUAGAAGACUUAGACCCAGGGUUCAAAAAACUUGAAUUUGGAGGGAUGCUUUUUCUUUUUGGGCUACUAACCUACGGUUAUUUUGGAAAUUGAUGCAUGCUUAAUUUCCAAGAAAUGGUACACAUUUUGUGGUUUUAACACCGAACUUGAAAAUAUGGUGGAUAAAGAAGUGUAGUGUAGCGUUUCUUUUGUGGUAUCUUCUGUGGUUAGUUCAGCUUUCUCUCCUCAUGUAUAUUUUGAAGACAAAUGAGGUACAAAAUGGAAGAUGAUUCCUACGA